UCGCCUCUGAGGUUCUGACAGAAUCCACUCCCCACCUCUUCUCUCUCUUCUCGCUCUCUCUCUUCUUUUCUUCCUAAAACCUCAGUUGGUCUCGUCUCACCUCCUACGUCCCCACAUCUACCAUGCCUCCCCUCACAAUGCCCGACGACCCGCCCCAGACCCUCGAGGACCGCGUGCCAGCCGAGGCCUUUAUGCACAAGCACGGCAUGCUCCCCGAACCCGGCAUCGACGGCGCCUACGGGUGAGCAUCCCCCAAGGCCCCUUCCAGUGUCCACUGGGCACUCCGCACUGUAUCCCAUUCACCCAGCUCGGGCAUGUACGCCUGCAACUCGUGCCUUUCGGCCAAGGCGCGCUGCCUGGUCCCCCUGCUCACGCACAUGGGCCACAAGCGGUUCCGCGCCCACGCCUGCCUGCGCUGCGGCGACCGCGGCUGCUCACUAUCCGGCACAAUCAUGAGCGAAACAGCCGCCGGCGGGGUGAGCAUCGAGAGUGGUGCAAGCGCCGAGAGCGGCGUGGGAAUGGUCCAAAUCAGCAGCGCGCGCGCCACGCGCACGACCACGCACACACUGACGCAUACCGAGGGCGACAAGGGCGGACGCCUGCUGCGCAUGCAGCGCAAAGUGCGCUCGCGCGGCGGCACGCCCGAUACACGUGCCAAGUCGCCUGCGCAGUCGCGCACAGGCUCCCCGCCGCCGCUGCCGACGCCCCGCCACUCGUCGCCCAACCACACGGGCUCGAGCGAGGGUGCGGUGUCCGUGCUCAUAAGCUCGUCGCCGACGACUACGAGUGCCCUAGGCUCUCUGGCCGGCACGUCCUCGCUCGCGGAGCGAGUUCUGGCUACCGCCGUCGACGGCCUCGUGUCCCCCCUCCAGAAGCACGAGCUCAAGCACAAGCUGGAGGAGAAGAACGGUUCGGCCGCGCACGCCUCGGACGAUCUCGGCCCGCCCCCCGCGCGCCCCACCCUCGCGGCCUUCACUAGCAACAUACACAUCGUGAAGCGGCGGCGCGUCUCGUCCCUCGCCCUAGGUCCGGGGCUGAGCAUCGCCUCCGCCCUCCCCUCGACCGAGGCGUACCGCGCCGCGCUCGUAUCCUCGCGCUCGGAGAUGCACGCCGCCGAGAGCGCGCACGAAAGCGCCGUCGCGCUCCUCGCGGAGGCGCAGCACGCGUGCGCGCUCGCCGCCGACGCCGAGGCGCGCGUACACGCCUCCCUCGUGCGCAUCGACGAGGAGCGGGAAGCUGCGCUCGCGCACGCGGCCGCGUGCGCUGCCGCGAUGGAGGAGCUGCGCGCCGACGUCGCCGCCAAAACGCGCGCGAGGGAGGACGCGGCCGCGUCCGUCGCGGGCGCGCAGGAGCGGGUCGUCACGGUCGCGGCUGAGCUCGAAGCCUGCUUCGAGGCGUAUGACCGCGUCGUGCGUGGGUUCAUCCUGUAGUCUCACCGACAUGCAUAGGCGGCUAUGUACGGGUU